UUAUCACUAUAACAUUCCUAGAGAGACUUGUUACUAACUUCCUUCUGUUAAAAAUUUCCAAAUUUUGAAAAACGUGUUCUCACACGUUAGUUAGCAAAAAACUCAAAUUCCUGAAGUUGUGUUACAUAAAAAAUUAUAUUUACCUAAUCAUGUCUUUGGAGAUUUUAGCUCAAGAAAAAGUGUGGCUCGACAAAGCUAAGUAUGCCGAAGCGGAACGUAUAUACUAUGAAAAACAGUCACAGAUUAAAGGUGAAGGCAAUUUAUUAUUAGCUACUAAAACUGCAAAUACCUGUCAAGCCCCUGGAAAGAAAGUGCUGUUAGCUGAAAUUGAAAAAGCACGUCAAAUUUUGCACGACAAAGUUCAAAAUGUAAAUGAAAUUGAGUCUUCUAAUAUUUGUUCAAAUACAGGAAGAAAUGAAACAAAUAGUGCUCUUGCAGAAUUAAAAACCGCCUUUCAAAAGUUGGAACUUCGUGUCAGUGCAUUAGAAGGAAAAUCACCUUUGAGCAAUUCAUCCACAAGUACAAAUUCAUUAAAUCAAGAUGUCAACCAACUGCAAAGCCUCUUAAAACAAUUGGAAGUUCGGGUCACUACUUUAGAAGCUAAAAUAUCACCUUCUGCAACAAGUAAUAUAUCAGUACAAAAAGAAGCUCCUAAAAAAACUGAAAAGAAUGAUGAUGGUGAUGAUGACGAUGUUGAUCUAUUUGGAUCAGAUUCAGAAGAAGAAAGUGAAGAAGCUGCCAAAUUAAAAGCCCAACGAGUGGCUGAGUAUGCUGCACGCAAAUCUAAAAAACCUACUCUUGUUGCUAAAUCAAAUAUUAUUUUGGAUGUGAAGCCGUGGGAUGAUGAAACUGACAUGAAAGAGUUGGAGAAAGAAGUUCGAAAAGUUGCUACUGACGGUUUAUUGUGGGGAGCUUCAAAAUUGGUACCUUUGGCCUAUGGUAUUCAUAAACUUCAAAUCAGUUGUGUCGUUGAGGAUGAAAAAGUUUCUAUCGAUUGGUUACAAGAAACUUUGCAGGAAAUUGAAGAUUAUGUUCAAAGUGUAGACAUAGCAGCCUUCAACAAAAUUUAAAUUUUAAAAGUCAAACUAAUUUAUCGGAAAAAUAAAAUAUCUUUAAAACGAUAAAAUAAUUAUUUUACAGUAAUAUACAAUUUCAAUUAAUA